CUGUGUCCAGUGGGUCCAGGAGGAAAACGUCCUUGAAACCUAAGAAUUCACUUGCCCCUCAUAUAUAUACACGUUCCUAACAGUUUCUGUUGAUACUAGAUACGAUAGUGUUGGAACAAUUAGAUUACGGUCUCAAGACUGAUUACUGGAGCAAAGUUCUUUUAGAUUAUAAAAUUUUCCGUUCGUGGACGUAAUAACUGAACAUAUCGUCGUUUAAGGCGUAGUUCGAGAGAAUGGCAAAACUUCCGCUGCUUUAAUAUGAAUGUUUAACUUUUUCAGUUAUUUUCUGUUAUUUUUGGCUAGUUUUUUUCAUUGUUAUUAAGAGAUUUUUGAUAUUUAAGUGAAGCCGCCGUAACCCUAACCCUUCGAAAAUUAAAGCAGGAAUGUGUGUGUCCUUCGGCCGAACAUCACCAACAAGACUCGUUGAGAAUUGUGCCGAAUUUCGUUGUCGGAGCACCCCUGCCAGUCGAACAGCGAAAACCACCUCUUCGGUGAGGUUCGAACGUACCACCACCAGAAUUCGGGCGACAUGAACGGCCGAGUAUACGCCGUCAAUCGGUCGCCAGUACUCGCUUGGAAUGUGGAAGUACCUUAUGCCGACAUGCCUGCCGCUGCUGCCGCCAUAUCUCCCAUUGUACCGGCAGCCUCCGACCCCUAUGGACGAUGCUGGCAAAACCAAGUCGACCCUGGUUCAAGUUUUCCAUAUUUUGGAGCAUUAUAUAACAACUCGUUACCUCCAACUGCAUACAGAUUGCAACCUGGGUGCAUGCCUAACCUUGGGCAGUUCUGGCCUCCAACACCACCCCCAGAUGGUUGUGGAAGAUUUGAUGGGAAUAAUUUGUAUUUCGGACAUCCAGUUUUGAGACAUGGUGAGAAUUUGACCUCAAAUUUAAGAAAUUCUCUUCAAGGUUUGGGCCAUUACUCACAUCUAGCUGAAACACCCAAAGAGUCAACACAGCGAGUUUUUAAGCAAGAGAAAGUACUUUCUCCAAAUGUCAACACAUCUAGUAUGUCUAUGUGUUCAUCAGGAUCAAAGUCUGACAAUCUAAAUGCUUGCUGUGUUGUUGAAAGCAAGCUAAAAUCUCAGUGUUCAGUUUCACGUAGUCUGCCAAAACAAGAACUCCUUACGGUUUCUUCAGGUCAUGAGCCUUAUUUAUUUGCUUCUGAUAUUAGAAGCAGCUCAAGUAUGCAUCCAUCCACAGAUAAAUCUUGUUUCUCAUCUGCAUAUUCAUUAAAAGGAAACAUCCAUAGUCCACCUCAAGAAAAAUCUAUGCCUGCAACCCAGGAAAACAACUGUAAUGCCUCACCACUCAAGAAUGUUUAUUUUUCUCAUUACGAAAGUGAAAACUCUAUGCAAUUCAAGAACUCCAUCGAGAGAGCCGGAGACGAGCACUUCUACUCCGAUCACAAACAACCACCCUCAUUGAACUCUAGCAAAUCCAAGCAUCCUCUUCAGCCUCUGAGUGAUUGCCAUUUCAGUAGCAAUUUUUCGAAAAAGUCCGAUUUUCACGGCAUUCAAGACUUUCACAAGACUGUGACUACUCAAAGAAUUAGUGAUACUUCUUUUAGAGAACAACAUAAGCAAAAGACUAGUUCUUCUAAAGUAAAGCCCGAAAAAAGCAAUCCGUACGAUUGCAAAUAUCAAAAAUCUAACUCCAGGAGCUCUUCGGUUAUUCAAAUUUCUGAAAAUAAGACCCCCGAGGUCUUGAAUAUCCCUACCUCAAUGAUGCAGCCUAAGAUAGAGCCAAAAGAUAAAUAUUUCAUGUCUAGUUGUCCGUCAACGUCAUCCAAUUGCUUGGCAUCGUCGUACGCUUCGAGUUCUAGCCCUUUUAUUUUAACAAACUCUUCAUCUAGGUCAGAUGUGAGUAGUUACCAAAAUAGUUUUUACCAGAAUCCGUGUUCUCUUAACAAGUCGUGGUCUUACAAUGACUUGCCAAUGAUUUCGCCUGACAAUUAUUUCAAACCCCCAGAAGCAGCAAAACCUCCUUCUCGGAAUCAAAAUUAUGCCUCUCCAGUGUUGCAUGAUAACUUGAUUUCUGUUGCUCAAACUGCACCACCUGAUAUGCUUGUUACCAAAUAUGCUGUUCAUUCAUCAAGUCCUAACAUUUGCUCUCCUGUGAAAAAGAGAGUAGAUUAUGACGUUGAUGAUGAAGUCCAGAUCAUUGGUGUUCAAAAUAAAUCUUCAUCUUCGAAGCAUAUUAGCAAACACAAUUCUGAGAAAAGAAUAGAAAAUCAUCAACCAACUUCUAAUUUAAGUCCUCUUUGCUUAAAGAAUCAGUCUAGAGAUGAAAGUUUGGGAGAAAGUGUGCCUACCUCUCAAAAUCAAGAAAUUAACAUAAUACCUCCAAGGUGUCAUAGUACCACUGUACCUCCAAAGCAAUCACCUCUAACGCUUGAUAUUCCUGAAAGCAAUUUAGAGAGCAGUGCAAAUCUGAACGACUGUGAUGUGGAAUUCAAGCACUCCGUGAAAGUCGAACCUCAAGAUGCACCUUCUACAAACGAAUCUGAGAACAAAGUGCUCGAAAGUGAUCUUGCUCGGGUAAAAAAGGAAAGUGAAAAUACGCUUAUUACCUCACAAGAUGUUGAAGCUCAUAACAAGAAUGAUUGUGUUGCAAUGGAUACAGAAACCACAGUUGAAAAUGCUAAGACUGAUGUGGAAGUUAAAAACAGCAAUGUGUUAGAAGCAAAUAAAGAAGAAAGCAAACCGUUGCCCGAAUUCAAUGUGAAUCAUGGACUUCAUCUUUUGUUGGAUACAAUAGAGAAAGUCACAUCAUUCGAGGUAUCUAGCCCUUUAAAAACAAAUUCAAAUCUAAAAACAGAAGAUGCUUCAAAUGUGAAAGAUAAAUGCAAUCACCCGUGUAAUUCUUUGAAAAUCCGAGGACUCGAAUUGCUAUCUACCAUUGCUGUGGAGCGCUUGGUUUCGGAAUUCGACGUGAUAAAAAUUGAGCCAAAAGAUUCACCCGUGUGUUCAAAUUAUCCCCAAAUAAAAGAAGAGCCAAAACAAUGGCCAGAAGAUGAACUUUCAAAGCAAGGGAAUGAAGUGAGUGAAAAACCAGUUUCAACUGUGUUUGAAAUGCACGAUAAACUUUUGGAAUUGCAAAAAAAAUAUAAGCAGAAACAGAAAGAACUUUUGCGAUUGAAGCCCAAAAAGAGGUUUGCAAAUAUGUAUAUGAAAGAUUGUCCCAAAUUGGAAAGGGAAAGUUUAGCUCAAAAAUCAGAUUCUAAUUCUAAUAGUCAAACAAAUGAUGCACAUGACAGUUCUGCAAAUGGACUUCUUGAUAGUGAUCAGUGCUUUCCUGAAACUGAGGAUGGAAAUAAAUCAGUGCCAGAACACAAAUAUAAGAAUUCUAUUAAAGGUGAUGUAGUAAAAAGGAGGCCAAAGCGUUGUCAAGCAUCAUUUAAAAAAGAAUCAUCCGUCGAAAUACUUUCCGAAGACGAAGUUAGAGACAUGUGUGCCCGAAGACGCUUCACACGAAGAAGUUCAGGCAGGAAAUGUAUGAAAUUUUUGCGAUCUAGCAUUGAGAGGAAGAGAUUGUCUGUAUCGUCGUAUUCUAAGAAUAUUACACGCCAUCAGCAAAAAAGGUUAUCCAGGUUGAAGAAAAAGAAGGAACAUUCUGUUGACUCAAGUUCAGAUGCAAGUUCAAAGGCAUCUGUGAACAAUAGCUCAGUCAAUGAUAGCAGUCUUCCAGAAAAUAUUAAAAAAUCAAAAGCGUAUUCUUUGCGUCAUUCAUCGCAGAGUCGAAUCAAGAAAGCAGAACCUAUUUCUGAUUGCUUAGCAUCAUUCUCCAAAGCUCUUCCAAGUAAAAGGAAAUCUGACAAUCCUAAAAGAUAUGUACCAUCGAAACAAGGGAAAAUGAGUGAGACCAUAAUAGCAAAGCACUUGCGCAACCGUAUUCUUUUCGAUACAUCUGGUUCAGUUUCAGAUGAAGAAAAUGCUAAGGAUGGUGUUCCGGAUGAUCUGUAUGAUGCGUUUGUAAAAUGUCAUUUGGUUGAAGAGAGGCAAAAAGGUCAAUUCUUGGGAACUGAUGAAAAUUGUGAAACUUCUGCUGAAAAUCCCCUAGGUUAUCCGGACCCAAGCAAGUUAACUAUAGAAAAUCUUGUAGAAAGUCAUCGUUUGUUAGCUUUAGAAGAAGGAUUAUUUUAUGCUGGUCACAUUAAAGAAUGUAUUACUUCUAAUAGAUAUGGCAUUGCUUUAGAUGGACAGAGAGGAAACAAGCUUCAUACUUUUACUAGAGAAGAGCUAUUAACGCAAACAAUAGUUGAAUCCAAGCCUGUGACUUCUAAUCUGCCUGAGGGAACCAGAGUUUGUGCAUAUUGGAGCCAACAGUACAGGUGUCUUUAUCCUGGUGUUAUUGGAAAAGCGCCAUGUCCCAGUGCAGACUGGUCAGAACCCAGAGUUUUCGUUCAAUUUGACGACGGUGAUUCCGGCCAAAUACCUAUUAAAAAUGUCAGGCUCAUACCUCCUGAUAUUAUUCCAAGUGGAACUGAUUCAAGGCUAGAAAAUGCAGGUUUUCAAUCAGAGUCAAAAUGCAAGGAAAAUUGUUCUGGGAAAGCACCUCGAAGGUUGCGGUCUUCCACGCCUAAAAAGAAACACAAAAGGGUUCCAAAUGAAAACGAAUCCAAAGACUCCAGUUGUACGAGUGUCAAUGAUUCCUCUUGUGAUGAUAGUUGUUUCAUGGAUUACUCUUUAUCACCUAGUCAAAAUACAGAAGUCACAAACACCACCGAAAACCACCAACCUUCUUCCUCCUUAAAUUAUUCUAAAUCAGAGAAAAAGCAGAGAAAGCAUUCAAAGCGAAAAAUAGCUUCUCGAACAAAAUCCAACAGAGAUGUAGAAGAAGGGAAAGAGAGAGGUGAGACAAAAACAAAACGUCAUAAGAAAUACAAGGAGAAGCAUCGCAGGCAUCAUCAUCACCACCAUCGUCAUCAUCACCAUCACCACCACCAUCAUCAUUCAAAGAAACGAAAGCAUCGUAGAAAGACUGGAAAAAGCCCAUCGUCUCAGGACUUAGAUUAUGAGAACUGCAUUCCAUGCAAGAAAACCAACCUCAAAUCACACAAGACGUUUGAUGUAGUCAGCACAGACCUCACGCAACAUUCCAGUAAUAUGCAACUACCUCAAGCCGAAAAAGACUGAGAAAUCAGAAUAUAUAUAAAUAUACAUACUAUAUAUAUAUAUUUUAAAUAAUUUUGGACUUUUUUUGUUAGAGAGUUUGAGUAAAUGUUUUACGCAAUUCAUCAAAAUAUUAGAGGUGCACCAAAUACUCGGUUUUUGACCAUUGUUUGCUGACUAUAUUAAAAUUUCACUAAGUAGUUUCACUUUCCUAAUUAUAAUAAACUCUUAAAAAUUAUUACUAAUUUAUUGAAAAUGUUUAAUUAAAAAUAUAAGAUUAAGAGUUAACAGAGAGCAAUUCUGCAUAACCUUUUCCAUACAUUGUUUUGCCUGCAAAAGGUUAAUCUAUAAAUUAAAAAGAAAAAAAACCUAAAAAUAAUAAUUGUGUUUAACCUAACCUUUUUUAAUUUUAAAUCUAAUUUGAAACACAGAAAUCUUAUUUAUAAUCUAAUUUAAAGAAAAUCUAAUUUUUAAAAAAAAAACUGUUCAAAAAAUUUGUAUUAGUAUGUAUCUAAGUAAAUUAUCUUAAAUAUGUGACUUAAUAAUUGAGAGAAAAAUUAUUGGUAAUUAAGCUAAUUACCUUUACAUCACUUGAUAAUUGAGAAAGAAACUACUUUUAACUAACGUACACAUAAGCAAAGUUUACUUGUGUAUUUUGGUCUAAAUAUUUGGUAUGCAGUUGCAUUCAUUGUCAAACAUUCUUAGUUUAAGAACAAUUAAUUGUUAUUUGGUGCAUCUUUAGAAAUUAUAACUCCUCAGACAAAAUUUAAAUUCAGGAAAUUUCUGAAUUUAAAUUUUUUUUGAAUUAUCUAAUUUCUGUAUACAAGGCUGUUUACAUUCGAUAUUUGAAUUGUUGAACUUCUAUAUUCACAUUUCCCAAAAGCAGAUUCUUAAAUAGUUAUGCCAGUUUACUGGAAAGUUUCUAAUAUUUAAUCAGUCUUUAUGCAACAAUUGUUUUUUUUUAUUGCGUUAAUUCUAAAAUUUAAUCAAAUCUAGAAGAGUUGAUUGGAAUAAAUUUGACCAAUAAAAAUCAGUCUUUUAUUUAAGCAUUUUAUUUUUGAAAAAGUUAUAUUGUGAUGAUUUUUUUUUUGUGUGAAUAAUUUAAGUAAUUAAGUGUCAGUAAUUUUCAAAAAUCUUUAAUUUUUUUCGCUUUGCAUGAAGAAAAAAGCAUUGUUAUCUUAUGAUUCUCUUUGUGAGUUACUGUGCAUAUAAAAGUGUCAAUUUUUAAAGAAACGGGAUUAAAACAUUUUAUAGUAGAUGCCCAGACGAUAAAAUUUAAAAUUUUCACUUAAGGGAAUUUUUUUUUCAUGAAGCAGUUAAAGCUUUCAUUCCUGGAAUUUUAUUUUUUAAAGUCAAUUUGAAUGUUAACUUUUUUCUUAUAAGACAACUUAGAAUGUCUAUUUUUUUAAGUUUCUAAUUUAAAUUCUUUUUUUAUAAUUUUAACUUUCUCAAGUAUUAAACUUAGUGCAUUAAAGAUUAUUUUUUUUAAUCAGCAGAUUUCAUACAACAAUAGUUAUUAAAUUGCAAAAAAAAUGGGGGAGGAAAUCAAUUCAUUAUCAAUUUAAUCUUAAGCUUGAUGUUUUUGGAAAUUGUGAACAUAGAAGUUUCAUGUGUGUAAACAACACUAGAAUUAAACAUCAGCUUGCCAUUUUCAUUUAACAAUUUAUUGCUGCUAAUUAUUUUGGAGUGUUGAGUAACAAAAUAAAUGUUUACUGCAUUAAAUAAAAAUGUUGCACCAUUAUCACAUUAAAUUAUUGUUUAAAUGAAUAUUUUGUGUUUUCUGUUUAAGAAAAUUUAAGAUUGUGCUUAAAAACAUUAAAUAUUUUUAUUCCUAAUUUUUUGCUGAUAGAAUAAUUUUUAAGUUUUGCGUUUAAAAAAUGUCAUAUUUCUUAAUAUCUUAACUUUUUUUAUUGUUAAAAUAAUAAUAAUAAAAAAUCUAUUAUUGUGUCCUGAAGAUUUGGAACCAAUAAAAUUUUCAUUUAAUGUUUUUAAAUCAUUGUUUAUAGCAGUUUUAUGAAAUUUAUUAUAGUCUGUUAUAAGAACUUGUUUAAUCUUCUCUAUACCUAUUAUGAAAGUUAAUUAUUUUUUAUGGCUUUUGUAUUAUUUCUAGAUUUUUUAUCUAGUGUGCAAUAAUGGCUUAUACUUUAUUAAUUCCAUUUGUUAAUGUUAUAUGAAUAUUUUAUUUAUUAAGAAAUUUGUCUUUUCAAAGCUAUUUUUUGAUGUUUGUUUUAUACAACUGAACAGGCAAAUAAUUUAAAUUGUUUCUUCAUUACUUUUAACGCUCCAUUUAAUUGUAACAAUUGUUAUGCCAUAACAUGUUUCAAAUUGUUUAGUUUAAUUGAAUAUAACAUUUUAUGAAUGUUUUUUUUUCCUAAUAAAUGUAUGAAAACUAAUGUUGCAAAACUGGAGUUAUAAAGCUCUUUUUGGAAUAGGGUCUACUAAUUUAUUUUAGAAUUUGCAAUUCUAAUUUCAUCGCACAAAUUGCUCAAAAAAAUGUGCAGUUGAUUUAAAAAAUUUAGAACCAAUAGCUUGAAGUACAAAUAACAUUUCAUGAUGAACGUUAAAAUUUCUAUAAGAAAGUAUUCUGAGAUGUUUGUAAAUUAGUAUAAUUUCUUGCUUGGAACUUGUAUGAUUGUGUAGAAUAUUGUAAAUAAUAAUAAUGCUGAUGUGGGGGAAUAAGUUAAAAAGUAUGGCACUUUGAAAUUUAAUUUUUUGUUAUUCUUAACUCUUUUAAAAAUUGUAUAUAAUGUACAGUAUAAGUGAAACCUCUUAAUGAUUUUAUUUUUUACAAAAGAUUUAAAAGAAUAUAUAUGUAUGAUUCAGUUCUGUACAUUUUGUGUAUUAUAACAAUAAACCUCAAAGUAUGCGAUUUUUCUAAA